GUUUUUGCUCUGAAACACAUUCAUACCACUAAGCUGGUCCAAGAUGGGGUAUGGUGGGAGAAGGCCAGGCUGAGGGUAAAUGCCUCGGCCCACAUGGCAGCGCAUAUGGGCCUAGAAAGCUGAUUCUGAUGUAGAAGGAAGGUCAGGGCUUUGUUUUUUUCCUUUCUUCUUGAUGGAUGGCAUGAUCUUUGAUGCUUGAACUCUCCAAGGCCAGUGUGACUGGUGCCAAGAUGGAAACGUACCACUCGGUGGGAACGGACCCGAGGGUGGGGAUUAGCAGUCCCAACGGCAGACUGGAAGGCUGGGGCUCAGGAGCUAUAAGUGGCAGGGCCAGUGCCCGCACACAGGUUGUCUCACCAUGAUGCUCCUUGGACUGUUGCUGCUGCUCGUUGGUACCAGCUGGCUGUGGGGCUGGAGGAAGCUCUGGAACCAGCGCCUCCCGCCUCUCGCCCCAGGCUUCCUUCACUUUCUCCAGCCUCACCUCCCCAUCUACCUGCUAGGACUCACUCGGAAACUUGGACCUAUCUACAGGAUCCGCUUGGGGCUGCAGGAUGUGGUGGUGCUGAACUCUAACGAGGUCAUUGAGGAGGCCAUGAUCCAAAAGUGGGCAGAUUUUGCUGGUCGACCCACAAUAGUAACCCAAAAGCUGGACCCUCAGCACCACCUGGACCUGUCACUAGGGGACUACUCCCUGACCUGGAAGGCCCAAAAGAAACUCUCCCGUUCAGCCUUGACGCUGGGCAUGCGAGACUCCAUGGAACCUCUGGUGGAACGGCUGACCCAGGAGUUCUGUGAGCGCAUGAGAGCCCAGGCCGGGACCCCAGUGACCAUUUAUAAGGAAUUCUCUUUCCUCACAUGCAGCAUCAUCUGCUGCCUCACCUUUGGAGACAAGGUCAAGGAUGAAGCCUUGGCAGGAACCAUUCACAGCUGUGUGGAUGAUUUGCUGAGAGCCUGGAACCACUGGUCCAUCCAAAUUUUGGACCUAGUCCCCUUUCUCAGGUUCUUCCCCAACCCAGGCCUGCGGAAGCUGAGGCGCCUCCAGGAGAAGAGGGACCAUGUGGUAAAGCAACAGCUGAGGCAGCACAAGGACAGCCAGGUGGCAGGCCAGUGGAGGGACAUGAUAGACUACAUGCUCCAAGGAGUAGAACAUCAGAGAGGGGACAAAAACCCCGGACAGCUCCACGAGGGGCACGUGCACAUGGCUGUGGUGGACCUUUUCAUCGGCGGCACCGAGACCACGGCGAUCACCCUCUCCUGGGCUGUGGCUUUCUUGCUUCACUACCCUGAGAUCCAGAAGCGACUGCAGGAAGAGCUUGACCUCAGGUUGGGCCCUGAUGCCCCCAGCUCCCAGGUCCUGUACAAGAACCGCAUGCGGUUGCCUCUGCUCAUGGCCACCAUCGCUGAGGUUCUGCGCCUCCGGCCAGUGGUGCCGCUGGCCUUGCCCCAUCGCACCACGAGGGCCAGCAGCAUCUUUGGCUAUGACAUCCCCAAGGACACGAUCAUCAUCCCUAACCUGCAAGGUGCCAACCUGGACGAGUCGGUCUGGGAGCUGCCCCACGAGUUCUGGCCGGACCGCUUCCUGGAGCCCGGCAAGAAUCCCAGGACACCGACGUUUGGCUGCGGGGCGCGAGUGUGCCUGGGAGAGUCGCUGGCGCGCCUGGAGCUGUUUGUGGUGCUGGGGCGCCUGCUCCAGGCCUUCACGCUGCUGCCGCCAGCUGACGGCACCCUGCCGUCCCUGCAGCCGCAGAGCUAUGGCGGUGUCAACCUCCUGAUGCAGCCCUUCCAGGUGCGGCUGCAGCCCCGGAACCCGGGGGCCCCAGACCUGGGCCAGUGUCCUUGA